AUGAAUAUUUUAAAAUUCCCAUUCCUACUAAUAUGCGUUAUAUUCUUGAUUAAUCAGAAAUAUGGCUAUUCAUAUAACACAUAUAAAAUUAAAGAAAAUGAAUCAACAUUGAAAAGUUAUAUCCCAAAAGAGGAUAUUGACACAAGUAAUAUAAAUCAUUUAAAAGUAAAACAUGAAAAAAAUCAUUUUAAAAACAAGAAAUAUAAUAAUAGGUUAUAUAAUACUUUAUAUCCUACUGAAGAAAAUAAGGAUUAUGAUUUUUUUAAUAACCACAAUACAAAUACACAUAAAAGUGAACAAAAUUCAAAGCAUGCUAUUCCCAAUUUUUACAAUGAUAAUAUGAAUAACUCUAUGAAUAAAAUCUCCGAUGUAGUAAAUAAGGAUGAAAUAAAUAAUGUGGAAAAUUUUGACAAAUCUCAUGAAAAUAAUUUCACCAAAACACAAAUUGAUAAAGAAACCGUUAAUCAAAAUGAUAAUUAUGCUACCGAAAAUAAAAAAGGAGUUUUUGAAAUAUUUGGAAAUAACGAAAAAGUUAAAAGUGAAUCAAAGUUUGGAAUAUUUAACUAUUUAAAAAGUUAUUUUGAAAAAUCCCCAUAUAUAAAAAAUUUUUAUAAUUUUGUUGAAAUGUUUUUUAAUAAAUAUGAUCAACGUGUGUUAGAAUCGACUACAUUUUUUAAUUUUGAUGAAAUAUUAUUUUAA